AUGGAUUCCAUCUACAGCGGAGAUCUUCAAGUCAACGAUGAAAACGUUUUUGAAGUUCUUGUCGCAGCCGAUCACCUCCAAGUUACCAGUGCUGUGAAUUGACCGUGAACCUUACUUUUUUGAUAGAUGACUUUCUUGUCAAAUUCUAGACAGAUUGCUGACAGUAAUAAAACAACUCAAAGUUCGAAAAAAUUCACAUUUUCCUUCUCAGGCGGCAUCACGUCCUGCCAACUUGCGGCUUUCAAACCAGUGCAAAGUAGUCGUUAAUUAAUAUGAUUCACUUACCUGAUGAAUCAAUUUGCUUAACAGACCCACUUCUACAAAAGGGAGGUGAUGUAUAUUGGUCGGCAUCCACUCUUUCUACCGACUACGUAGGUUUUAUGGAAAGAAUAAAGGAUCAAAGCUUCCCUAUACCCCACCACAAACACAACGUAAAGCCUCUCUUAGUACUUUGGGUAUGGGAUAUGGCUGUGUGCAUGUGUAAUAUACUAUAACCAUACCCGGAGCGCACCGUGUGACCCAGUGCUGUUAGUUGGUAACGUUAUUAUAAUUUAUGUUGUUAACAGGCUUCCGUUGUAUUACUUUACUACAUAACUGUAUUAUUUCCGAGAAGCAUUAUAUGGCACUCUUGUGCCGCGUGGUGGCGGCCCCACCGUCCUCUUGUGUGGCGGCUGCACGAUGGUUCCUGGGUAUCGAGGAGCCGCUUAACGAAACUGAGACUGAGCGUGAGCUCCAAACGGAAGAGCGGCGUGAGCAUCUACAGUCAUGGGCUGGGCUGCCACAACUUGGUGGCGAGGAUAAUGGGCAGGGAUGGAAUAGGAAGGGAGGGGAUGUGUGUAGUGUACACUUGUUGGAUAGCGGGGUAACCAACAUUUGCUUGUGUGGCUUGCCACUGACUAGGGGAGGGGUGGGGAUCUGGCUGUGUUGGUACAGAUGGCUUGCCAAGUCUGUUGGUGUGGUUGGUUGACCUGGGAGUGCGUCCAUUGGGACUGGCCUGAACAACAUCCCACAGUUUGCAAAGUUCUUCGCCAACUUCAGGCUCCAACUGCUGAGAACCAAAAAGGUAUCUUGUUACAAACAAGCUGCAGGGUUCUGCCUCUAAAUUAAACAAUCAUCUUUUUCAGUAUAUAUUACAAUUCUAAGUCGUCUAUCUUCCACGUUCUCCGUAAUUCAUGCUCCUACUUGCCACAUAUUCACCAAUCACCUAAAUAUGCGUCUCUCCACUUCCAGUACCCGUAUCUCUGAACCGUAUCUACUCCCUUUCACGAGAGUACUUCACAUCCCGGCUGGCAUUCUCCCCUUCUCCUACAUCUGUACUUGAACCACACAUAUUCUGUCAAUCUUGUUGUAAACCUUCCUGUCCCACCAAUACGCUGAUAGCAGUACUUAGAAAACAAGCCCCGAUUCCACACGUAACACGCGCUUGUCUUUCACCAGUUUUUCAAAGUUACCGUACCCUUAGUAAGCUUCCCUGUUUUACCAAGGUGUUGAUAAUCAACCUUACGUUCAUUUGCUCACAUUCCUUUACAUCUGUACUCCUUUUUCUCACACGUUACUUUUUUCAUCUUCCACCAGGAGGCGCUCAACACUGAUCCUACCUAUCGCUGAUAAUCAAAUUCACGCUCACCUGUACACUUAUUAAAUCUGUCCUCUUUUCUUGCACACAUUACAGUCAUUUGUCGUCCACCCAUGCACUAUACACUGAACCAUUUGUAACCCAUACCAUGAUAAUCCUUUCUCGCUCUUCGUAGCAAAUUCACACCCACUACUUCUACUCAGUUACUCCAUUUUGUACCCUUUACAUCUGAUCCCCAUUCCUUUCUAUCUAUACACGUCUAUAGUUGAUGAGACGUGAUGGUGUCGCAUUUUGUUUUUCUCUUUCUUGCGCGCACGAUUCUCCGAGAAACUUCAACGGAAAUUGACGUCCAAAAACUGUCUACGUUAUUGUAAAAAGCAAGUCAAGUCGACAACUAUUUUCCAUGGUCUAUACUCUUGUCAGGCAUAGAAAUGACGUCAAAAUGUUCAGAUCUUUGCAGUGAAACCCGACUUUCCUGCGACUCGUGGUUCUGACUUGACUUUUGAACAUUUUGACGUCAUUUCUAUGGUCGAUUUAACAAAUAAGGAUUCCAUUUUGUCGCGCGUCUGUUUAAAAUACAUCAGAGAUGACUUCAAAAUGUGGUAAAAACAAAAAUUAAAGUGGCACAUAAUAUCAUGAUUUCUAGUUUUGCGAUCGGAAUGAAUUUCACUUGACAAUGACGUCACAAUUGUUUUAGAUCGAGAUUACUCAGUACACGAUGUGAGAUGUCAAAUGCAAGAAGUCCUCCAUGUGCAAGAAAAUACGCUCUAAAACGAAAGAAUUUAUUCAUUUCUACAUCAGUUAUGCCGUCAUUCCUAGCCGAAUUUACACCUCCUUGAGAGACUUUCGUCUCAGUAAUGCAGAGGAUCAAGGAGUGCAACUGAGAAAGAGCAGAGGAAGUGGGCCCAAUUACAUUCUGGACGCUCUUCUUCUGCUAAAGUAAUCGGCUAUAUUGAUUGGUGCCCAUUUGUAAUGAACUGAUUACAGGGCAUAAGCUUCUCAUAGAAAGAUCAUAAGAGGAAACUGCUCCCGGCAGCUUCAAACCUUAUAUUCAUGACCUCUACCCAAUAUUCCGAGUAUUAUAAAUCAAAGUAGGAUAAACUAUGCGAAGGCCCUGUUAAAAGAAUUAUUGUUAUCAAUUAUCGACAAAAAUAAGCAGUUACAGUAACACCUGCUAAAAUUAAGAACCCACUUUUCUUGUGGCAAAGACUGGUUCUUUAGUUUGGGUACGUAUUGGCAAUUUAGGCUUAGUAGGUUUCUAAUAAGUUUCUUAAUUUUUAUGAAGGAGAUAAUAGAUUGGUGAUUACCAGGAAAAAUAAACUUUUUAUUUAUUGAUAACGACAGAUUUUCUUAAACACAAAAGGAUAAAAAGCAACGUUAUUAAAACAUGACGUUUCGGCGACGACAUGUCACCAUUAUCAAAUCCAAAUGAAAGAGACUUCGUUUUUCAUAUAUAUCGCUUCAUAGUCUCUUUCAUUUCCAUUUUAUAAUGUUGACAUGUCGUCGCCGAAACGUCAUGUUUUAAUAAGCGUUGCUCUUUAUUUCUUCACAAUUUUACUAUUUAUAUAACCUCAACAAAACUGAUUAUAUACUAAAUUUUAUCAUAAAAACCCAAAAACCUGCAUGAUCUUGCUUGACUAAGCAGGUUCUCAUUUGUUAGUAUUAAAGUGGCAAAUUUCUGCCAGGAUGUUCUUGCUCCACAGGUUCUUAUCAGCGAGAGUUUACUGUAUGUCAUGAGUUUGAGAUACUUUACGUGACAAACGAAGAUUCUUCCAGACGUGAGUCACGCGAAAAAUCUCAUGCGGCAACUUUUCCUUUCCGGCAAAAUAAACCGACAACUGGCCUUUAAACAGCUCUAAGUUCGCCUUAGAGAAGGCUAAGCCAAGAUCUAUGAAGCCGGUAAGGACAAACCCCUACUACUACAUUAAACGUACCCCAGAGUAAACAAUAUCAUAAGUUUCAAAGAUCUCACUCCACUUUUUCUGCCGAGAUUUUGAAGUCAAUAAAGUAUUACCUAGAAAAUAUCAAUGACAUUGACCAGGAGCUAGAUAAAAACUAAACGGAUCGGCGAGCACUUGAUGAGGCUUAGAGAAAUCUAGUGUUGUUGUGGCGUGUGUGUAUCGGCGUGUCGAAGGAAAAGGCAAAUGACGCGGGCUGCCUAAGUCCACAUUUAAUUUGCUUAAAGUGAAAUCAGUAAAGAACAGAACACAGUCUGACUGAUCAGUUUUAUCAAGACUAAGCUUAAACCCCUUUAUGGCUUCUUGAGUUAGGCUCUGCAAAUUUACCAAAAUCAGCGACAUCAUUCAAUGGAUUUUUUGGUCAAGAUAGUUCAUGUCUAUCAUUUGGGGUCGUUUUUGAACAAGGCCAUGUCAUACAAAGAUGUUUUAAGUUUGAAAAAAUUAGCUGUUUUUCUGUAUUGAGUGCUAAUGAUCUCUAUCUGGUUUUAGGUUUCAAUGGCAAAGCUGUCUGAGGCAACAGCAUGUUUUUGUGCCGUAUAUGUUGGUAAUGACAUUUACGCAGCAGCAAAACGAGAGAAUGAUUUUGUUAAUUAUCGUUAUCACAUAGUAAAAAAACACAUGGGAGAUACUCCCAUCUUUUGCUGGAUUAGCCAAUCAAAUCAAUUGUUUUUGCAGUGUCGUCGACCACUUAUACGCGAUAUACCAAUCUCAGACGCCUUACAGAUAUCAUAUUCCUACGAAUCAGUGGCAAUGUGUCGCUAA